AUGUGCGAUCGGGCACAGAAUUCGGGAGCGAGAUGCAGGAAGGCUCUCGGUUUCGGAGGGGCGUGUGGCAAAAGGGGCUGGGACAGGUACUGGGGGUUCUGCGGUAGCGCAGGUCGGGAAGCCAUCGCCGUGCGAGAGGCGGGCGGCUCGCAGCGACGCUCCUGGGCGGUGCCGCCGGGAGCGGGACUCGCCGCAGGGGCCGACACCGGGGGCGGCGAAAGGCGCGGGUCUCGCAGCCACCGCCUCGAGGCCGCCCGCGCCGCGCGGAAAGUUUGCGAAGCGCCGGGGGGGAGCGGGGCGGGGGCUGCCCCGGCGGGGCUCCUCCUCCGGGGCCGGGCCUGGGCCGGGCGGAGCGGGGAGCGAGCCCCCAACCCCGGAGCCACCGCGGUUGCGGAGGGAGCGAGCGAGAGAGCGGGCGGAGGCGCCUGGGACGCGGGACCGGGGCGUAGCGCCCAGGAGGAGCUCGGGAGGCGGUUGCGGGCGGUCCGGGCGCGGGGCCGGGGCGCUGCCACCAUGAGGCGGCGCGGCGGGGGCUGCCUCUCGCCCGCGCCUCCGCGGCUGCUGCUGCUGCUGCUGGGAGCGCUGCUCCGCGCCAGAGGCAUAACAAGUAGCACCGAAUGCUCCUGUGGACGCAAUCACUUCACGUGUGCAGUCAGUGCUUUUGGGGAAUGUACAUGCAUCCCGGCUCAGUGGCAGUGUGAUGGAGACAAUGACUGUGGGGACCACAGCGACGAGGAUGGCUGCAUGCUGCCCACUUGCUCCCCCUUGGACUUCCACUGUGACAAUGGGAAGUGCAUCCGCCGGUCGUGGGUCUGCGAUGGAGACAACGACUGUGAGGAUGAUUCUGAUGAACAGGACUGCCCACCACGAGAAUGUGAGGAGGAUGAGUUCUCGUGUCAGAAUGGGUACUGCAUCCGCAGCCUGUGGCACUGUGAUGGUGACAAUGACUGUGGAGACAACAGUGAUGAGCAGUGUGAUAUGAGGAAAUGCUCAGAGAAGGAGUUUCGUUGCAGUGAUGGCAGCUGCAUAGCUGAGCACUGGUUCUGUGAUGGUGACACAGACUGCAAAGAUGGUUCGGAUGAAGAGAAUUGCCCAUCAGAUGUUCCAGCUGCCACCUGCAGCUUGGAGGAAUUCCAGUGUGCAUAUGGACGCUGCAUCUUGGACAUCUACCACUGUGAUGGCGACGAUGACUGUGGGGACUGGUCUGAUGAAUCUGACUGCUCAUCUCACCAGCCAUGUCGCUCUGGGGAGUUCAUGUGCAACAGUGGCUUGUGCAUUAAUGCCGGCUGGCGGUGCGAUGGAGACUCUGACUGCGACGACCAGUCUGAUGAGAGGAACUGCACUACAUCUAUGUGUACAGCUGACCAGUUCCGCUGUAAAUCAGGGCGCUGCGUCCGUUUGUCCUGGCGCUGUGAUGGGGAAGAUGACUGCUCCGACAACAGUGAUGAGGAGAAUUGUGAAAAUACAGGGACCCCUCAGUGUGCUCCAGACCAGUUCCUGUGUGGGAAUGGGCGUUGCAUUGGGCAACGGAAGCUCUGCAAUGGAGCAAAUGAUUGUGGAGAUGGCAGUGAUGAGAGCCCGCAUCAAAACUGCCGUCCACGAACAGGGGAGGAGAACUGCAAUGUCAACAAUGGUGGCUGUGCUCAGAAGUGCCAGAUGGUACGAGGGAUGGUGCAGUGCACCUGCCAUACAGGUUACAGGCUUCUGGAAGAUGGCCGGUCAUGCCAAGAUGUGAAUGAAUGUGCUGAGGAAGGUUACUGCAGCCAAGGCUGUACCAACAGUGAAGGUGGCUUCCAGUGCUGGUGUGAGCAAGGCUAUGAGCUGCGCCCUGACAAGCGUAGCUGCAAAGCUCUAGGGCCGGAGCCAGUGCUGCUCUUUGCCAAUCGAAUUGAUAUCCGGCAAGUGUUGCCUCAUCGCUCAGAGUAUACACUGCUCCUGAACAACUUGGAAAAUGCCAUUGCCCUUGACUUCCACCACAGCAAGGAGCUGGUAUUUUGGUCUGAUGUCACCCUGGAUCGCAUAAUGAGGGCUAAUCUGAACGGUAGCAAUGUGGAAGAAGUGGUUUCUACAGGUCUGGAGAGCCCAGGUGGACUUGCUAUUGACUGGAUACAUGACAAAUUAUACUGGACAGACUCUGGAACAUCUCGAAUUGAAGUAGCAAACUUGGAUGGUACUCACAGGAAGGUGCUUUUGUGGCAGAACCUGGAGAAACCCCGGGCGAUUGCCCUCCAUCCUAUGGAGGGCACAAUCUAUUGGACUGACUGGGGCAACACUCCCCGCAUUGAGUAUUCCAACAUGGAUGGCUCUAAUCGGCGCAUCAUUGCGGAUACACACCUAUUCUGGCCCAACGGACUGACCAUUGACUAUGCAGGGCAUCGGAUGUACUGGGUGGAUGCCAAACACCAUGUCAUCGAGAGGGCUGACCUUGAUGGACAGAAUAGGAAAGCUGUUAUUAGCCAAGGCCUUCCACACCCAUUUGCUAUCACCGUGUUUGAGGACAGUUUGUACUGGACGGACUGGCACACCAAGAGCAUUAACAGUGCCAACAAAUUCACAGGCAAGAACCAGGAAAUCAUCCGAAACAAACUCCACUUCCCUAUGGACAUUCACACACUGCAUCCUCAGCGUCAGCCAGCAGGGAGAAACCGCUGUGGGGCCAACAACGGGGGCUGUACACACCUGUGCCUGCCGAGCAGCAAGGAUUAUACCUGCGCCUGCCCCACUGGCUUCCGCAAGACCAGCAGCCAUGCCUGCGCUCAGAGUCUUGACAAGUUCCUGCUUUUUGCCCGAAGGAUGGACAUCCGUCGGAUCAGCUUUGACACAGAUGACCUGUCAGAUGAUGUCAUCCCCCUUGCUGAUGUGCGCAGCGCAGUGGCUCUGGACUGGGACUCAAAGGAUGACUAUGUCUACUGGACAGAUGUUAGCACCGACUCAAUCAGCCGAGCAAAAUGGGAUGGAUCAGGCCAGGAGGUUGUGGUGGAUACCAGCCUGGAAAGUCCAGCUGGACUGGCAAUUGACUGGGUCACCAACAAACUGUACUGGACUGAUGCAGGAACAGAUCGAAUAGAGGUCUCCAACACAGAUGGAACCAUGAGGACUGUUCUGAUCUGGGAGAACCUAGACAGACCUAGAGAUAUCGUAGUGGACCCUGUUGGAGGAUUCAUGUACUGGACUGACUGGGGAGCCAACCCAAAAAUUGAGCGCGCUGGUAUGGAUGCUUCAAAUCGCUUGGUGAUCAUUUCCUCCAACUUGACGUGGCCUAAUGGCUUGGCCAUUGACUAUGAGUCACAGCGCUUGUACUGGGCAGAUGCAGGCAUGAAGACCAUUGAAUAUGCCAGUCUGGAUGGCAGCAACAGGAAGGUGCUGAUUGGGAGCAAUCUGCCUCACCCGUUUGGACUUACUCUUUAUGGCGAGAGAAUCUACUGGACAGACUGGCAGGCCAAAAGCAUCCAGAGCGCAGAUAGAAGGACUGGGCAGGCACGGGAAACGCUUCAGGACAAUCUGGAGAAUCUUAUGGAUAUUCAUGUUUUCCACCGGCAUAGGCCACCAGUACGUACACCAUGUGAAGUUAAUAAUGGAGGCUGCAGUCACCUGUGCCUUCUGGCACCUCGUCCAAAAGGUUAUAGCUGUACCUGUCCUACUGGGAUCAACCUACAGUCUGAUGGCAAGAUGUGUUCCACUGGAAUGACCAGCUUUCUGAUCUUUGCCAGAAGGACUGACAUACGGAUGGUCUCUCUGGAUAUUCCCUACUUUGCGGAUGUCGUUGUUUCAGUCAAUGUCACCAUGAAAAACACCAUUGCAAUUGGAGUGGAUCCUCAUGAAGGAAAGGUUUACUGGUCAGACAGCACACUGCGAAAAAUAAGCCGGGCUGCCCUUGAUGGCUCCAAAUUUGAGGACAUCAUCACCACAGGUCUGUUGACUACAGAUGGGCUGGCCGUGGAUGCUAUUGGCAGAAAGAUAUAUUGGACAGAUACAGGAACAAACCGUAUUGAAGUGGGCAAUCUUGAUGGCUCUAUGAGGAAAGUCUUGGUCUGGCAGAAUCUGGACAGCCCACGGGCAAUAGCCUUAUACCAUGAGAUGGGCUAUAUGUACUGGACAGAUUGGGGUGAGAAUGCCAAGCUGGAACGCUCUGGGAUGGAUGGCUCAGGACGCGUGGUUUUGAUCAGCAACAACCUGGGCUGGCCCAACGGACUGGCAGUGGAUAAGGCUGGGUCCCAGCUGCUCUGGGCUGAUGCACACACUGAGCGUAUUGAGGCUGCAGAUCUCAAUGGUGCUAACCGCCGCACCCUGCUGUCCCCAGUGCAACACCCCUAUGGCCUCACUUUGUUGGACUCUUACAUCUAUUGGACCGACUGGCAAACUCGCAGCAUUCACAGGGCUGACAAGGACAGUGGUGCCAAUGUCAUCCUGGUGAGGGCAAACCUGCCUGGCCUCAUGGACAUUCAAGCUGUUGAUAGGGCACGGCCCCUAGGCUUUAAUAAAUGUGGAGUUCGUAAUGGUGGCUGCUCUCACCUUUGCUUGCCUCACCCCACUGGAUUCUCCUGUGCCUGCCCCACUGGCAUCCAACUGAAACGAGAUGAGCAGACUUGUGACUCUUCUCCAGAGACAUACCUGCUUUUCUCUAGCCGUGCUUCCAUUCGUCGUAUCUCGCUGGAUACCAGUGACCACACAGAUGUGCACAUCCCCGUCCCCGAGCUGAACAAUGUCAUUUCUCUGGACUAUGACAGUGUGGAUGGCAAGAUUUACUACACAGAUGUUUUUCUUGAUGUCAUCAGGCGGUCUGAUCUGAAUGGCAGCAACAUGGAAACUGUUAUUGGUCAGGGCCUGAAGACUACAGAUGGUCUGGCAGUGGACUGGGUUGCUAGGAACCUCUACUGGACAGACACAGGACGCAAUACUGUUGAAGUAGCUAGACUGGAUGGGAGCUCCAGGAAAGUGCUAAUCAACAACAGUCUGGAUGAGCCCCGAGCCAUUGCUGUCUUUCCCAAGAAGGGGUACCUCUUCUGGACAGAUUGGGGUCAUAUUGCUAAAAUUGAACGGGCAAACUUGGAUGGCUCUGAACGUAAAAUCCUGAUCAACACUGACCUAGGAUGGCCAAAUGGCUUGACCUUGGAUUACGACACCAGAAGGAUAUACUGGGUGGAUGCGCAUCUUGAUCGCAUAGAGAGUUGUGAUCUCAAUGGGAAGCUACGGCAAGUGCUGGUCAGCCAGGUGUCACAUCCUUUUGCUUUGACACAGCAGGACAGAUGGAUAUAUUGGACUGACUGGCAAACCAAGUCUAUACAGAGAGUGGACAAAUACUCUGGGCGGAACAAAGAGACGGUCCUGGCCAAUGUUGAGGGGCUGAUGGAUAUAAUUGUGGUUUCCCCUCAAAGACAGACAGGUACCAAUGCUUGUGGAGUGAACAAUGGAGGCUGCACUCACCUCUGCUUUGCCAGAGCUUCUGACUUUGUCUGUGCAUGCCCAGAUGAACCAGAUGGGCGACCCUGUUCUACUGUUCCUGGUGUGGUGCCCUUUGGUCCCGAAAUCACUAGUGAGAGAAGUCAGACACCACCUGGCAGAAUAGGUACCUCAACAACCAAGCCUCUUACAUCUCUGGAAGAAGAGGAAGGAAACUGCUCUGACAAAGACGCCAGGCGAGGCUUGUGUACUCAUGCCAAUGAGGCAGUGUUGGCAACGAUGGGUGAGGGACUGCAUGUUAGCUACAUCAUUGGAGGUCUUCUCAGCAUCUUGUUCAUUUUGCUGCUUAUUGCUUCUUUAAUCAUAUAUAGGCAUAAUAAAUCCAAGUUCACAGACCCUGGCCUAGGGAACCUAACCUACAGUAAUCCCUCGUAUCGGACAUCUACCCAGGAGGUGAAGAUUGAAACAGUUCCCAAGCCAACAAUGUACAACCAGUUAUGCUAUAAAAAAGAGACUGGUCCUGAUCACAGCUACACCAAGGAGAAGAUAAAGAUUGUGGAGGGGAUAUGCCUUUUAUCCAGUGAUGAUUCAGAGUGGGAUGACCUUAAGCAAAUUCGGAGCUCUCGAGGAGGGAUCCUCCGGGACCAUGUUUGCAUGAAGACAGACACAGUCUCUAUCCAGGCUAGUUCUGGUUCACUGGAUGACACUGAAACUGAGCAGCUGCUACAGGAAGAACAGUCUGAGUGCAGCAGUGUUAACACAGCAGCGGCCACUCCUGAACGGCGUGGCUCACUCCCAGACACAGGCUGGAAACACCAACGCAAGCCCUCCACUGAGAGCGAGGUCUAAAGUACAUGUUGCUUUAGAAACGCUUGAACCCUCCCUAGCCUCUGUUCUGCACAAAAGAAGACAGGACUCUGCCUGGCAAGCAAGGAAGGGCCCAGAGACUAGCUCCUCUUGUGAGGGGCCCAGAGACUGUGACUGCCUUUUAGCAAGGAGCUUGGCCAGCUGUGCUGUUGUGGUUGAAGAGGGAGGAUGGGUGGGUUGGAUGGAACCCAGAGACCCUUUCGGCUCAUUUUCACUGUGUCUCUGGUUUAUUUAUAUGUUCUCUUUUCUUGGAAGCUGCCAUUUUAACUUUUGCAGUGACUCCUCUGGCCUGAAUCUAGUCCAGAUGCUGAGUUCUCUGGCAACCUGCAAGUCCUAUGCUGUCCAGCUCACAGUCAAUGCCCAUGAAGACAGCGCAGCUGCCAUUAUGCUAGCUGCUGGUCACAGAAGUUCCCCUAGUCAUUCCAUCAGUAGCAGCACUCUUGAAGGCUUUGUGAUGUUGGGGCUGUGCUUGGAGAGAUGUCUGGGAGUAUGUGGGAUGUACUCUGGGGCUCAAGGGGACAGUGGCACAGCAUCAGGGCAUAAAGAGGCUAACCACAGUUGUUGCAAUGACCCACUUCAUGGAAGCAUCAUUGCUUACGUUCCCAUCUGCUAAGGAAUUCUCAGAUUGGAGCACAGUGUCUGUUGCUGGCAGUGGGCACUGCUCCUAUUCUCCCCUUUCUCACUGAAAAAAUGUUUCUACUCCAGAAAAUAAGUCAGCAAGUGGCCCUUUCAGGACUGCUCCCAGUGGGUGCAGGAGUCAAGGGUGCUGUACUUGAGGAAAGUAUGUUCUUAGUUCUAGAGAAUUAAUGUGAGGAAAUGAAUCUCAGCCAGAUCUAAAUUUUACUCUUGCCUUCUUUUUUUUUUUUAAUUUGCUAAAUCUCCAUUGAUCCC